AUGCCCCGUCUCGCCAAUCAGGCUCGAGAAAUCGGCAAUGCCGCUGAACUGCAGCGGAGGUUGCCCUUCGUGGAAUCCCCUCUGGGACGACUUCCCGGUGAGAUCCUACACUUGAUUAACCACGAGUUGACACCUCCGGAUUCUGCUUCGUUCAGGUUGACUUGCUGGUAUCUAGUGGAUUUGUUCAACCACGUCUGCUGCCCGAUACGGCCGGCUUCGCACGUCUGGAAAGUCCAAUAUCCCCUGACGGCUCUGUCGAGGUGUGAAGCACUGCAGCGCGAACUCGUGGAACGGGGAUGCGACAUCGAGCACGUAACGCUGUUUCUCCCACGAAAACCCUGCGAGCUGCACCAUAUCUUCACAGAAAACAUUCAUGAAAAGGAUUUAGCCGACAUAUGGGACUUGGUCAGCAGAAUGAAACGCCUCCGAGCUUUAGACCGGAACUUUAGAUCCGGGUAUGGCGAUAGAUAUCUCAAGACGGAACUACCGCGAACGCUGACUACGUUGUGCCUAUACUGUCCUAAUGGGCUAUCAAAGUCACGGGUACCACAGAUCCGUCUCAGAGAGCUCCCAGAACUGAGAGAGUUGGGCGUCUGGGGGUCUCUUAACUACCGGUCCGACCGGGUUGAGUUGGAGGUGAAGGAUUUCGUUAAAUCAAGACAAGACACGCCUCGCUUACGGCUCCUCUGUCUUCAUCAACUAAGCAUGUCGCUCAACUGGUUAUCGUUCGUAGGACAAAGUCUCCGGCACUUAUUCUUAUCGGGGAUCUCCACCUCUACCCGUCUCAAGCGCCCUGUCAAGUUCGAACGAUUGGCGGUGCUAGAGAUCCUCUGGUGCGACCUGGGUCGCCUUGCCUGGUCGAUUCGCAAGAAGUUCGAUUGUCCCCACCUUUCCCACUUUUCGAUGACGGGGACGUAUACAAACGGGGACUGGUUCAAACUACCUCGUUGGGCGGUGGAAAAACACCCACUGCAAACCUUCGCCCUAAGAGUCCGGGCGGCAGAUCCCCUCGAAUGUCGGAACGGUCUCGAGGGCUUCUUUAGAUUCCUCGUUCAACGCCGAGACGGGAGUGGAACUCCUAGGCGAUGUCUGGUCCAAUCUUCAUGUAUCGACGCACGGGUUGAACGCGGUAUCCGUUUCGAAAGCGAUAUUCUUACAACCAAUGCCUGCAAUAAAGGACCACGAGAUAGGAAUGCUGACGGAUUGGCAGCAAAGUUACAGGAAUCUUUGCAGACUCGCGCGGAACUCCUCCAGUGGGUGGAUGAUAAGGGAGUGCUUUAUGAAACCCGGGCGCCUAGGAGUGUUUGGCGGACGGGCCCCUUUUACCGGGAGAGCUAUGUCAAAGGCAAGCACGAAGAAUCUGAGGAGAGAGGACGAUAA